AUGACUGAAUAUACCUCUAAGCCUACACAUGAGUUUGGUGAAGAUGUUUCGCGAGCGCAGACGAAUGAUAGCCCCUCACCAACAACGCACGUUCCAUUAGGGAAAGCGAUCAGGCGAUGGCCGAAGGUUGUUAUGUAUAAUCUGGCGCUGAGCUCUGCGAUUCUCUUAUAUGGAUAUGACUUGGUUAUUGUGGGGACGGUUUCUGCGAUGCCGGCAUUUCAGCAUAAAUUUGGAGAAGCCCUUGGGGCAAAAUACAUUAUUCCCUCGAUGUGGCUCUCCUUAUGGAAUGCAGCAAGCCCGAUCGGAAUGAUGAUAGGGUCAAUCUUCGGUGGCUAUUUUCAAGAUAGACGUGGCCGUCGACUAGCCCUCGCAGUAGGUAGCUUCCUUUCUGCCAUCGCAGUUGCUAUCUGCUAUGUUGCUGAUCUGCCUGAUGAUAUCGAUUCCCGUCGCGGCGUCUUCCUUGCGGGAAAGCUGUUCCAGGGAAUCUGCAUUGGGAUAUUAUUAUGUGUUGUGCAGACGUACAUGUCUGAGGUUCUGCCAGUUGUCCUUCGAGGCCCGAUCAUUGCUUUCUUGCCCAUUUUUACACUCCUGGGACAACUACUCGGUGCCAUCGUGGUAUAUGUCUCAUUGAAGCAUAAAGGAUCCGAGGGUUAUAGAAUAUGCUUUGCAUCUCAGUGGCCGUUUUCUGCGGUUCCUUUUGUUCUCUCGAUUUUACUGCCUGAAAGUCCGACUUGGCUUUUGAGACAAGGAAAUAUCGACAAGGCACUCAAAGCACAGAUGAAGCUCGACACAGCUGGUAUGGACUCGAACAGUAUCAUCGAGGAGUUGAGAAUAUCGAUUUUAGCUGAAGCGGAGGAAAGAGCUUCUUAUAAAUAUAUUGACUGCUUUAGAGGGAUUAAUCUACGGAGAACUUUGAUUGUCUGUCUGGCGAGUGCAUUGCCACAAUUCUUUGGAUUACAGUUAUUGGCAAAUGCGUCAUACUUCAUGCAGAUCGUCGGAAUGGGAUCUGCAAAUAGCUUGAUUUUUUUGAUUUUGGGUAUUGGACUCGGUUUAAUUGCAAAUAUUGCCAGUCUUUGGUCAUUGAAUGGCCUUGGAAGAAGAAUUCUUUGUCUACUAACUCUGGCUACCGCUAUGAUCCUGUGGCUAGCUAUGGGGAUUGCCGGCUGCUUUGAAGGGGUUGUCAUGAUAUGGUACACUGCCGUGACAAUGAUGAUAGUUACCAUGGUCUGUGGAUUGGGUAUUUGGCCAGCUUCACAUGUCGUCGCGGCUGAGACCUCGUCGCUACAACUUCGAGCCAAGACUCAAGGAGUUGGCUGGUUUACCAGUGGGAUUGCGACCGGUGUCUUCUCGAUUGUUCUACCGUAUAUGUAUAAUGCCGACAAAGGGAAUUUGAAAGCGAAGACGGGUUUUGUAAUGGCUGGGUUUGCGGCUGUCGCAGUCAUCGCAACUUGGUUCUUUGUCCCAGAGAUGAAAGGACGGUCGCCUAUGGAAAUUGAUCGCAUGUUUGCACUGAAAUUACCGACCCGGCAAUUUAAACGUUGGAAAAGCGAUGUUGAGGUUGAAAAAUCGCUUUAUAUGAGAGAACAAGUGAGCGCUGCGUGA